CGAUGACGGACAUCUUUCGAUCGUACUCUUCCUUGUACAUCGUAUACACUCGACACUCACAAUCCUUCCAUACCAUACGGGUAGCAUGCAAAAUCUAGAAUAGUAGUCGGGUCGUCAUGAUCAGCUCUCACCCACCACCUCAACCUCAACCUCGACCACAACCUCAACUCUCCCCGCGGUCCGGCAAGGCCCCCUCCGCCACGACUACCAACACGACGACGAUGGGGUUACACGGGCAUCGACAUCAUCCUACGGCCUCGUCGUCUUCUUCUUCUACUACUACUAUUUUUAAUCAUAAUCAUAAUCAUACGGGAUCGGGUACGGUCCACUCCCAUUCGUCUUUGACGAAUAAGGGGAAUAUCAGUAGCAGUAAUCAUGGGAAUGCGAACGGGACGGGGAGUGGGAACGGGAGUGGGAGUGGGAAUGGGAACGGGAGUGGGACGGGAAAUCAUAACGUGUUGAAACGAGGGGACGCUUGUCUGUUUUGUAGGAAGAGAAAGUUGAAGUGCGAUGCUGUGAAACCUCGCUGUGGACAAUGCACGCGCUUGAAGAAAUCUCCUUGCGAGUACGAUCAUUCGUGUGAUGACAAUAAUACUCAUAAUGGAUCCAAGAGACCUCAAUCUCAAUCUCAGUCGCAAGGAAAUGGAACCAAGGCUGCCAGACAAGCUUUUGGGUCUGGGUCUGGGUCGGGGUCUUCAGGCUCGUCCCAGUCACAAUCUCAAAGUCGAGCUCGCGCUGCUGGGAAGACCGAAACCCGAGGUCCAGGUCCGAACUCGAACUCUCAGGGGGCGAACGGGACCGGGCCCGUCGUCGGGAUGGAUCUGGAUCGCGAUCUGGGCACGGGCAUGGAUCUAGAUAUGGGUUUGGAGAUGGAUAUGGGCCGUCAGAGGAACGUCAACGAUAACAUCAAUAAUCAAAAUAUCCUCGAUUAUGGCUUCAUUUCGGCUACCUCGACUACCACUUCCAUGUCUGCGGGUACGGGUGCGGGUGCGCAUGCAUUAGAAGCUGGUGGUGGUGCGAUAGGACCUUUGGCGAACGGGAACAGGGAUAACGCUGAGAACGGGAAUGGGAGCGAGAACAGGAACAUUCUCCCGGACCUGGCCUUGUCGCCUAAUUCGUACGAGGCGUUGACGAGCUUGUUACAGAGCAUGAACGGGGUCGAUCAGAACAACAACCUUGACGCCGGGCUGGGUCUUUCAACGUCGUCGACGCAAAACCAGAUGCAGAUGCAAAUGCAAAUGCCGUUGCAAGCACAGAUGGGGAUUGGACCCGGGAUGCAAAUGUCCACGGGAUUGACACCGAUGCCGAACCUCUCUACGCUCAAUUCGCUCAGUUUCCCGUUCGAUUUGCUCACCACGUCGACGUUUGGUGGUCCGGAUCUCGAUCUUUCGUACGCCGCACUCGGGAAUCAGGCGGAUUUCGUCGCCAACAACAACAACAACAACAACGUCAAUGCCAAUGUCGACGCCAGACCGAACGGCAUGCUCGGAGAGACGAGAUCGAACUCGGCCUGUGACCCCAUCGUGGUGACGGACCUGGGGAAACCAUGGUUCUUCGAGAAACAGCCUUUGAAGCUAUUGAAUGAUGGAUCCGAUCGAUUCGGCGAUUACGAUGCCGAGACGCAAGGUGGAGGAUCGUUUACUCCGUCCGGAUUCGAGCUGGUCAUGGAUCAAGCUCAGGCGAUGGUCGACGACGACCUUGUCAGGAGGAGGCGAAGCGAUACGGGUGGGAACACCGGUGGCAACAGCUCGAUGGACGCUUUCCGAUUGCCCACUUCGUUCCGCCCCGGAUCGGAUCCGACGAGCGGGUCUGCUUCGGCCUCUGGCUCGGGUUCUGGCGCGGGAUCGGCUGUCCCCUCCCCCGGAUCGGUCAUCAACCUCUCUUCCCUCUCCCCGGGUGCGGCGGGUCAGACGACAACGUUGACUACGGCCCCGACGGCGGAAGAGAUCCCUGCCAUCUUUAGGGAGAGACUGUUGGGUUCGUUUAUGAAGCAGGGGAGGCGGUUCGGGUUGAUCUACCAUUGGCCGACGUUUUGGGAACGGAUGAGAGGGGAAGAGCACCUCAGGCCUCAUCCGGCUUGGGUCAACGCCAUGUAUGCUAUCGGUGCCCGGGGAUCAGAGGAUCCGGCUUUGCGCAAGAUGGAGAAACAUUUCGCCCAGCUCGCCGAGGAGCACUUCAAUUCGGGCUUGUUGGCGUACAGUCGGAUCACGGAUCUCGUUCGGGGAGCGACGUGUCUGGGGAUGUACAAUUACUGGACGGCACAGUAUCACAAGGCGUGGGACAUGUCAGGUCGAGCGAGUCGACUCGCCGUCAGUAGCGGUCUCCAUCAGAUCCCGACGGGAUCGUUGUCCAAGCUCAGGCGGACGCGGUUGACGGCCAAGCACGAGGAAGAACCUUGGAUUAGGCGGACGACGACGUUCAGCUUGCCUCCGCCCAAUAGCGAGAUCGAGUUGGCCGAACGUAUCCACGCCUUUUGGCAAGUCUUUGUGGUCGACCGAGCUGGGUCGGUCGCGACGCAGUGGAACACUGUGAUAGAGCACGACAAGAUCACGACGCCGUGGCCGUUACCUUUCGAAGAGUACCUCAAUGACAAGAACGUACCCGUCAAGGACGAGCGGAUGGAAGAUCUGACUAGCGGACGGAUGGAUCCGACACCUCGAAGUACAACUUAUCAGAAUCUGUUGACGCAAUCGGUGGUCCUGAUCGAACGCUGUGCGGCCUUGCUAUCCAUGCCACCCGAAACGACCGACAUGUUCGGCCAGACCAUCGAUACCUCUCGUCAAUCAGCUCACGAUCGAUAUCUCGCCGAGAUUUCCUCCGCUCGUCGAGUCCCUCAGGCGCAUUAUCGACUCGAAAACGCGAUCGACGCUUUACAAGCCAGGGUCCCCGAAUCCAUGCGGAAUGUGGCCAGUAUCGUGCCCCUUGAUGGGUCGCAGUCGAUGACCAUGGUCAAUAUCGACAAUUGCGCUUUGCAAACCCGACUACUCGGCGCUCAGAUCUGGUUACACGACAUUGACGACUGGCAAUUCGACAAUUCACGAGCGUUGAGCAUGGCCCGCAGGAUGAUCUCGAUCACCCGUUUGAUCCCCGAUCACGAGUUUGCGAAUUUGGAUGGCUUCAUGUGCAUCACGUGGACUCAAGCGGCGAGAGUUCUAUUGAAGGAGCUCCGUCGAUGUACCGUUAAAGGUGACUCUAAAGGUAUAGGAGAGAUGAACAGGGAUCUCGACACGCUCGUCUCGAUUUUCGUCAAAGCUGGUGCUGGUUCCGCUCUUGCCGCUUCCCAAGUUCAUCGCGUACUCCGCUGGCGCACUCUGGACAUGAAUCAGCCCGGCUGUAACGUGUGUUCUGACGUCGGACCUACGGGGCAGUGCUUGGCCUGUGAGGCGUCCCGAGAGGCCAAGGGAGACGAGCAUGGGUGUCGCUGGGGACCUUGUGGCGACAAGUGGGGAUGGGCAAAGGAGAAGGGGCUGUGAUCGGGCUGCGUUAGAUCCACUGUAAUUCGCGGAAAUCGUUUAGAUAUACGGUUUGACGAUAACCCCAGCAUGUAGGGUCUCAUGUCAAGCACGGAAGCCGCAAGAACCUACCCUUGCUUGAGAGAGUCUAGGCUAUUCUUACAGCAUAAGCAGGCGGCGCAUCCGGUUCAGAGACGUCAUAGCCUGCCUUCUUCAUGGUCAAUGUGGGUUCAAGAUAUCGACCGCACAAGCGGCAAUCCGGCAGUGAUAUUUGACACUGUGUCCUCUCUCAUGGAAUGGUGUCGUCGACGUUGACGAAGAUCCAGUGACUUGUCUCACUGGAAGACAGACC